ACAUACGACAACAUAUUUUUAUACAAAUUAAACCAGUAUUUGAAUACAAGUUGAAACUUCAAAUUAAGAGUCCUACUCCAACCCUUACAUAUUACAAAGGCUGCAGGCCCUCUCCAUCAAAUUUGGCGCAUCCUCCAUCUUUUCUCUCUGUUCAAUUCCUUCCUCUUGAUUCCCCUUUCCAACGACAUACAUAUUCAUAUCUAUAUCAUAUUCUAUACAAGUUGAUACAGAGAUAUAUAUAGAAGUUGAUACAGAGAUACCCUUUUCUGUGGUUUUGAGAAGGAAACAUCGAAUUUCAAUUUUAAAUUCGGCAUAUACUUCCUUUUUUUCUCUCUCUCUGCUUGCUUUCUCCGUCAAGAACAAUGAAGACUCAAAAUCAACAAAUUCCAGUAUUGGCCUCAGCUAUGAAGCUCUUCAAUGCACCAUUCCAGUUUGCUAAUCUCCUUUCAUAUGUCAUCAUCUUUGCUUUCGGUCUCACCUUUGGUAUCAUACUCAGUUUCCAUCUCCAAAACUUCUCAUUCAAUCUCCGCGUUACUCAAUUAUCCCUCUCCACUUCACAAUCACCGCCACUGCUGCCGCCACCGCCAAUGCAGCCAGCGCCACCAGCACCGCCAUCAAUCCCGCCAACCACCGGAGAUUCCAACAAUAGUAGCACUCAUAUUGGACUGGGAGAUUAUGUAAAGCCGCCUCGCGUCAUGCACGACAUGGAGGAUGGUGAAUUGCUAUGGAGAGCCUCAAUGACUCCGAGGAUUCAAGAAUUUCCAUUCAAGAGAGUUCCAAAGGUUGCCUUCAUGUUCUUGACUCGAGGACCGGUGUUGCUAGCCCCGUUGUGGGAGAAGUUCUUCAAAGGACAUGAAGGGCUCUACUCGAUCUACGUCCACUCUGAUCCGUCUUUCAACGGAUCAGAGCCUCGAAAUUCAGUAUUCCAAGGUCGGAGAAUUCCCAGUAAGGGAGUCGAAUGGGGAAAGGUGAACAUGAUAGAAGCAGAGCGUCGCCUACUAGGCAAUGCUCUUCUCGACAUCUCAAACCAACGAUUCGUUCUACUCUCGGAAUCAUGCAUUCCUCUCUUCAAUUUCUCUACCGUUUACUCUCACCUCAUCAACUCCACCAAAAAUUUCGUAGAGGCCUAUGACCUAGAGGGGCCAGUUGGUCGUGGGCGAUAUAGACAUCAAAUGAGUCCUACCAUCAGAAUCGAACAAUGGAGGAAAGGAUCACAAUGGUUCGAGAUGGAUCGAGACCUUGCCAUAGAGGUCAUCUCUGACAAGAAGUAUUUCCCAUUGUUUCAGAAGCACUGCAAGGGUUCGUGUUAUGCUGAUGAACACUACUUGCCAACGUUUGUGAGCAUGAGGUUUGGGGAGAGGAAUUCGAACCGGACUUUGACUCGGGUCGACUGGUCGAGAGGCGGGCCCCACCCGGCUAGUUUUUUGAGAAACCAUGUGACCAUAGAGUUCUUGGAGAAGAUGAGGAGUGACAGCAGAUGUGAGUACAAUGGGAAUACAACCAAUGUGUGCUUCUUGUUUGCAAGGAAGUUCUCCACUCAUGCAUUGGACAGAUUGUUGAGGUUUGCACCAAAGGUUAUGCAGUUCAACAAUUAAGCCUAUAUAAAUGUACAGCCCAUCAUCAAUUCUUUCUUUGUAACAUUUUGAGGACACAACAGACGAAUGACCUCAAAAUAUGUAAUUCUUUCAUUUUAUUCUCCUCAGUAUAGUGUACUUUGUGUUUCAAUAUAAAUUGAAAAUUUUCAAUCGUACAAAUUAUGUAAA